GCUGUUUUCUAUUGGAAAGAUUGAUUGUUUUUUUUGUACUGUUUUGGUUUGAUCAUUAUAGGACAGUAACCAUUUGAUGAAUAGUAUAAGCUAGAAUGACUUUGUUUUAGCAUUUUUUUGGUUAUGGUUAUGUCUUGUUGCAACUGUUUACUUUUCUGUAUUUUUAGCAUGGCUUCUUCGCUACUGUAUUUCAUUUCAAUACUUGAUGUUGUUGAUAUGUUUUACUUGAGCUGAGAUUCUGUCGAAAACAACCUCUCUACCUUCACAAGUUUGGGUGUUAGCGGUAAGGCUCCGUACGCACCACUUGUGAGAUUACAUUGUGUAUGUAGUUGUUGUAUUUUGCUUCUGUUUCAUUGCUACGGUUACUCUUCUCCGUUAUUUUUAGCAUGGCUUCUUCGCUACUGUAUUUCAUUUCAAUACUUGACGUUAAUAUAUUUACUUGAGCCGAGGUUCUGUCGAAAACAAUCUCUCUACCUUCACAAGUUUGGCUGUUAGCGGUAAGGCUCCAUAUGCACCACUUGUGGGAUUACAUUGUGCAUGUUGUUGCUGUAUUUUGGUUCUGUUUUGUUGCUACUGUUCUCUUCUCCGUUAUUUUUUAUCAUGACUUCUUCGCUACUGUAUUUCCUUUAAAUACUUGAUGCUGAUAUGCUUUAGUUGAGCUAAGAGUCUAUUGGAAAUAGACUGUCUACCUUCACAAGUUUGGGGGGGGGGGGGUAAGUUUGCAUAUGCGCUACCCUCCCCAGACCUCACUUAUGAGAUUAUACCGUGUAUCUUCUUGUUGUUGUUGUUAUUGUUAUUGUUGUAUAUUGGUUCUGUUUUAUUGCUAUUGUUCUCUUCUCCUUCGUUUUUAGCAUGACUUCUUCACUAUUGUAUUUUAUUUCCAUAAUUGAUGUUGAUCUGCUUUACUUUUCUAGUUUUUAUUCUUGAUAUAAAAAAAUGGGGCUCGUUGAAUUUUGUGAACGAUUCAAGAAAAUGGGGUUUCUUGGAAGUUCAUUAGGAAUUCUUGGUUUUGGAGUUGGAAUUUCUAUAGGUUUGAAUUUUGGUUAUUUCUUGUUCAUAUACUAUGAGCCUAGAGAUCUUAAGGUAAACGUCACUGUUUAUAAUGUUUAUAUUUCUUUACAUUACAAUGGAAAGAUUGAGUUUUUGUUUUUUCACUUUGAUCAUCAUACAGUAACAUUUGAUGAAAAUUUGGCUGAAAUGACUUUGUUUGUAUUUUUUUUUAUUCUGUUUUGUUGCUAGUGUUUUCUUGCUCUUUAUUUUAGCAUGGCUUCUUCGCUAGCGUAUGUCGUUUUAAUACUUGAUGUUGAUAUGCUUUACUUGAGGUGAGGGUCUAUCGGAAAUAGCCUCUCUACCUUCACAAGUUAGGGGUAAGGCUCGUUUCCACCAUCCUGCCUAGACACCACAUAUGAGAUUACACUACGUAUGUUGUUGUAUGUUGGUUCUGUUUUGUUGCUACUGUUCUCUUCUCCAUUAUUUUUGUCAUGGUUUCUCCGCUACUGUAUUUCCUUUCAAUACUUGAUUUUGAUAUGCUUUACUUGAGUCGAGAGUCUAUCGAAAACUGACUCUCGAGCAAAUAAAGAAAAUGGAUUUGGGUUUGAAUGUGUCAUGUUUCUUGAUAUAAUAAAAUAUGGGUUUUGUUGAAUUUUUUUGAAUGAUUCAAGAAAAUGGGGUUUCCUGGAAGUGUAAUAGGAAUUCUCGGUUUCUGAGUUGGAGUUUCUAUUGGUAUGAUUGUGGGUUAUUUCUUGGUUAUAUACUAUGAGUCUAGAGAUGUUAAGGUAAAUGCCACUGUUUUCAUUGUUUGUAUUCCUUUACAUUCCUAUGGAACGAUUAAUGUUUUGUCUGAUCAUCAUAAAACUGUAAGCAUUUGAUGAAAUUUCAGCUGGAAAGACUUUGUUUAUAAUUUUUUUGGUUCUUAUAUUGGUUCUGCUUUGUUGCUACUGUAUUUUCUUUCGAUACUUGAUGUUGAUAUGCUUUACUUGAGCCGAGAGUCUAUCGGAAAUAGUCUCUCUACCUUCACAAGUUAGGGGGUAAGUCUCCACUUAUGAGAUAAUAUUGUGUAUGCUGUAUAUUGGUUCUGUUUUUGUUGCUGCUGGUCUCUUCUCUUUCAUUUUUAGCGUGGCUUAUUCACUACUGUAUUUCCUCUCAAGACUUGAAAUUGAUAUGCUUUACAUGAGCCGAGAGUUUUUCUGAAAUGGUCUCUUUAGUUACCUUCACAAGGUAGGGAUAAGGCUGCAUAAGCACCACCCUCACCAGACCCCAUCUGUGAGAUUACUACACGGGUUAUGUUGUUGUGUAUUGGUUCUGCUGUGUUGCUACUGUUCUCUCCUCGGUCAUUUUAAGCAUGGCUUCUUCACUACUGUAUCUGUAUAUGAUGUUGUUUACGUAGCUGAGAGUUUAUUGGAAACAAACUCUCUACCUUCACAAGUUAGGGGUAAGGCUGCGUAUGCACCACUUUCCCUGGAACCCAGUUAUGAGAUUACACUGCUUAUGUUGAUAUUGUUGUUGUAUAUUGGUUCUGUUCGUUUUGCAUACGUUGUUGUCUUGAAUGGUGUUUCAGUAGAGAUUAUUUAGGUAAAAUCAGCUGCUUUCAGUGUUUGUAUUUCAUAUUCCAAUGGAAAGAUUUAGUUUUUUAUUUACUGUUUUGGUUUGAUCAUAAUAGGACAGUAACCAUUUGAUGAAAUUUCAGCUGGAAUGACUUUGUUUAUAAUUUUUUUGGUUCUUAUAUUUGUUCGGUUUUGUUUGGUUCUUAUAUUUGUUCGGUUUUGUUGCUACUGAUCUCUUCUCCAUCAUUUUUUACAUGGCUUCUUCACUACUGUAUUUCCUUUCAAUACUUGAUGUUGAUGUUCUUUACUUGAGUCGAGAGUCUAUUGGAAACAACCUCUCUACCUUCACAAGUUAGGGGUAAGGCUCCGUAUGCACCACCCUUCCUAGACUCACUUAUGAGAUUUCACUGCCUAUGUUGUUGUUGUUGUGGUAGAUUUGUUCUGUCUUUUGGCAUAUGUUGUUGUGUUCAAUGGUGUUUCAGUAGAGAUUGUUAGCUUGUUUAAGUUAUCUUAGAUGGGCGUUUGAUAGAGCGAUGCUGAAAUGGCUUAUUUUGCUAUUGUUGGUGCAAAAUCAUUGGCAAAUUCAGGGUCUGAAGUUGGUGGAUUCAGAAUGAGUGUGACAUUAUAUGAUUAUCCAGAAAAUACACCAUUUGAUGAGAUUGAGCCAAACACGUUAAUUGAUCUUCUACCUGAACUCCCAUUAUGGGUUAUGAAUCCAGACUACGAGCGGGUUGACUGGUUCAAUGAGUUUAUAGCCAAUAUGUGGCCUUUUCUUGACAAGGCAAUUUGUGGAAUUAUUAAAAGCACAUGCGAACCUAUUUUUGCAGAGUAUAUUGGAAAAUAUCAGAUAAAAUCUAUCCUGUUUGAGCAACUUACACUCGGAACAAUUCCUCCUAGAUUGCAUGGUAUUAAAGUAUAUGAUUCCAAUGAAAAGGAGCUAGUAUUUGAGUUUGCGAUCAGAUGGGCUGCAAAUCCAAAUAUAGUUGUGGCAUUGAAGUUAUUAUCUCUACAAAUCUCAGUACAGUUGGUAGAUUUCCAAGUGGCGGCUACCGCAAGGGCAACACUGAAACCUUUUGUUCCAACCUUCCCAUGCUUUUCAAGCAUAAUAGUAUCAUUGACGAAGAAGCCAGAGGUAGACUUUGGGCUAAAAUUAAUUGGAGGAGAUUUAAUGGCGAUCCCUGGUUUACACCAUUUUGUUCAGGAAACCAUAAGCAAGCAAGUCGCCAGGCUUUACCUCUGGCCACAAACACUUGAGAUACCAAUUCUUGACAGUUCAAUAGGAGCUGUGAAGAAGCCUGUUGGAAUACUACACGUGAAGGUUCUGAGAGCUCAGAAACUUUUGAACAUGGACUUUUUGAGUAAAUCAGAUCCUUAUGUUAAACUCAGCUUAGGUGGGGACAGGCUUCCAGCAAAGAAGACUACUGUAAAGAUGAACACUCUAAAUCCUGUGUGGGAUGAGGAUUUCAAAUUGACCGUAAAGGAUCCAGAGGCCCAAGUUCUGCAGCUGCAUCUGUAUGACUGGGAAAAGAUUGGGGCACAUGACAAGUUGGGAAUGCAAGUCGUGCCACUGAAAUUGCUCACUCCAUAUGAGAAAAAAGAACUAACUCUUGAUUUGCUCAACAGCACAAACCCGAAUGACCCUCAGAACAAGAAGCCGCGAGGCCAAAUUAUGUUGGAAGUGUCCUUCAUCCCUUUCCAAGAAGAUAGUUUAAACUUUAAUGGACCUUUUAGUUUUCACGAAAGAAAGGAGAGCGUUUCUAGCCUUUCAGAUGACGUUUCCUUGCGUGGAGCCGGUUUGCUUUUGGUUAACGUUAUUGCUGCUGAAGAUGUAGAAGGGAAGCACCAUACCAAUCCUUAUGCAGUGGUAGUCGUUAGAGGAGAAAAAAGGAAAACUAAGGCAAGGAACAAAACAUGGAAUCCAAAAUGGGAAGAAGAAUUCCAGUUUAUGUUGGAAGAAGCUCCAUUGAAGGACCUAAUACAUAUUGAAGUCAAGAGCAAGAAGAGAAGAUUUGGUUUUCGGUCCAAGGAGUUGCUUGGCUAUGUCGAUAUCCAACUGAAGGAUGUGAUAUACAAUGGACGUAUCAACGAGAAGUACCAUCUCAUCAAUUCUAAAGAUGGGAUUUUACAUGUCGAUAUAGGAUGGAAGGUGAUAUAACAUAACCACCACAGCCUCCUCCUUAUUCUGAACUAUCCAUUUGGAUAUUAUCACAUCGAGCGUAAAUGAAGAAGCGACCAGCGAGGAUUCAUAUAGUCGACUCCAGCUUGUUUGAGCCUGAGGUGUAGUUAUUGUUGAUCAUAUCUUUUUUUUUUGGAUGGGAUACUUAGGCUUAUACUUCAAAUUCAUAGCACAAUGCCCAUAUUUUGUUCAAAAGCCAUGAAAAGAAAUGUAUACAAACAUUACUAGUACCUUUUGUCUUCUCUUAUUAGGUAUACUUGUUUGUGUAUGUCAUAUCAAUUCAAUAAUGAAUAAACUAUAUCUCAAAUUUUACUUA